CCCCCCCCGAGAGCAACUUCCGAGUUCUGGCCAUGGCUUCCUCCUCCUUCUUCUUCAGCCCUUUAAAGCAUUACUCUCUGAUUCAACCUUAUGCUUACGCGUAGAUCUAUCUCCGAAGCCUUGUUUCGAUCAAUUACGUGAGGAAUUUGAAAUUAUCUGAAGACUUUGGUGUGUACUUUAUCUUCGCACAUCACUUCCGAUUUUCGGUGUGUUUCAGCCAAAUCUCCAUUGAAAAUCUCCGAAAGAGCGUACAGUCAAGAAGAUAUCUCUCCAUGGGCUGUGCCCUUCAAAGAUGACAGAUGCUUUUCAUCGAACCUGAGGGGAAACUCGUUCGGGCUCUGUUAUAUGGUUUUCAGUUGCGAUGCCACAAUGGCCGAGGGAGCUUUAAUUUCACUGGAGCCGGCAGACAUUUUGGCGGCGGAACAGACAUUGGUGAUUGGGAAAGAAUUUCCAGAUGUGGAAACAUGCAGAAGAACUUUGAAAGAUUUGGCUAUAGCGUUACACUUUGAUCUUCGUAUAGUGAAAUCAGAUCGCAGCCGGUUCAUAGCCAAAUGCUCCAAGGAAGGUUGCCCAUGGCGUAUCCAUGUCGCUAAAUGUCCGGGUGUUCCAACCUUUUCGAUUAGGACACUUAACGGGGAACAUACUUGUGAAGGAGUCCGUGAUCUCCAUCAUCAGCAGGCAUCGGUUGGUUGGGUUGCGAGGUCAGUGGAGGCACGGAUUAGAGAUAACCCACAGUAUAAGCCGAAGGAAAUAUUACAGGACAUACGUGAUCAGCACGGGGUUGCAGUUUCUUACAUGCAGGCCUGGCGUGGGAAAGAACGGAGUAUGGCUGCACUUCACGGGACAUACGAGGAAGGAUAUCGUCUUCUUCCUGCGUAUUGUGAGCAGAUAAAACAAUUAAACCUGGGAAGCUUCGCAUCUGUUUUCGCUUCGGGACCCGAGAAUUGUUUCCAGCGCCUGUUUAUCGCGUAUCGAGCAUGUAUCUCUGGAUUUGUUAGUGGUUGUAGGCCUCUUCUUGAAAUUGAUAGAGCUCAUCUAAAAGGGAAGUACUUGGGUACGAUACUCUGUGCGGCCGCUGUUGAUGCGGGUGAUGGAUUAUUUCCUUUGGCAAUCGCCAUUGUCGACGUUGAAAGCGAUGAGAAUUGGAUGUGGUUCGUGUCAGAGUUGAGGAAACUUCUUGGGAUGAAUACAGAGAGCAUGCCAAGGCUGACAAUACUCUCGGAGAGACAUCGGGGAAUGGUGGAAGCAGUCGAAACCCAUUUCCCGACGGCUUUCCACGGGUUUUGUCUGCGUUACGUCAGUGAGAAUUUCCGUGAUACUUUCAAGAACUCAAAGUUGGUCAAUAUCUUUUGGAAUUCGGUAUAUGCACUCACUGCGGCUGAGUUCGAGUCCAAGAUAGCCGAGAUGGUGGAGAUCUCCCAAGACGUGCUACAAUGGUUCGACCACUUCCCUCCCCAGCUUUGGGCGGUGGCGUAUUUUCAAGGCGUACGAUAUGGGCAUUUCGCCUUAGGCAUCACCGAGAUAUUAUACAGCUGGGCACUCGAAUGCCAUGAACUGCCGAUCAUACAGAUGAUGGAGCACAUCCACGAGGAAAUAUCGUCUUGGUUCAACAACCGGCGGGAUAUGAGCAUGAGGUGGAACUCGAUACUUGUACCGUCAGCCGAGAGACAAAUCUCGGAAGCAAUCUCAGACGCACAUUGCUACCAAGUUCUCCGAGCAAACGAGGUCGAGUUCGAGAUUGUGUCCACAGAGAGAACAAAUAUCGUGGAUAUAAGAACGCGGGUUUGCUCCUGCCGCCGCUGGCAGCUCUACGGACUGCCUUGCGCUCAUGCAGCCGCAGCUCUGAUAUCGUGUGGACAGACAGUGGAGCUGUUUGGCGAGCCGUGUUUCACAGUGGCGAGUUAUCAGCAGACGUACUCGCAGAUGAUAGGUCAGAUUCCGGACAAGAGCCUGUGGAAAGAACAAGGUGAAGUACUGGACAGCGUCAACGGGAGAGGGUCGAAGUUUGAUGUCCCGAUACGGCCUCCGAAGACACGUAGGCCGCCGGGUCGGCCGAAGAAGAAAGUUCAACGAGUAGAGAACCUGAAACGACCGAAGAGGAUUGUUCAGUGUGGAAGAUGCCACUUGCUCGGACAUUCUCAGAAGAAAUGCACUUUGCCCAUUUGACAUUGACUCUCUCUCUCUCUCUCUCUCUCUCUCUCUCUCUCUCUCUCUCUCUCUCUGAUGUAAGUUGUAAUGUUGAAAAGGUAUCGCCUUUUUUGCACUCUUUUGGAGACGGACCAAAAGAGGGUAAAAGAAUGAUGUUUUUAGCCAAAGGGCUUUUGGGUUCUA